CCCUCACAACAGCCUCACGCAUAAUGCGACUGCUACUCCUGACGGCGGUGGUGGCGGUGCUGGCGGCCACGAGCACCGCCCUGGAGAUCCAAACGGCCGAUGUGGCGCCCUUGCUGAAUCUAAUCCCUGGCGUGCCGCAAUUCGAGGCCGCCACGGAUGCGCUGGGGCUGCCUGGGCUGGUGGAUGUCCUGCCCGCUACACUGAUAAGCCCCGAGACAAGCUGGGACAAGGCGCGGGCUGUCCUUGCUGCGACUGGCGUGGCUAUCAUUGAGAUCGCUGCUUUCAUCGGCUACAUCUUCAACUACCUCAACAAAGUCACGGAGAUUAACCUGGAGAUUCGUGAAGCGAAGGAGGCGGCGGCGGAGGCAGCUGAGGCGGCGGAGGCAGCUGAGGCGGCGGAGGCGGCUGAGGGGGAGGAGGCUGCAGCAGGGGAGGAACGCUUCAUUGUCGUGCCCUUCCACAGCCCUGCCGUCAACCCCGUCAUAAACCCCCGCCCCAACAUCCGCCGCGUGUACCAGCCCCCUGCCGCCCAGUACCACCCAUACCCGCACUACGCCCACGGCAAGCAAGCAUUCCAACCACGCCCCUACAGAAGACAGAGACGCGAGGAGGCACCCCCAACCCCUCCAGGAAGUGUAGUAGGGGAAGUGUACGAGGCAGGAAGCAAAUCCUGUGGCUGCUAAAACGAGUCUUCCUGAAGGAGGCGCGGAAGGAGGCAGCAGCGAAGGAGAUAGCACAGGUGAUUGAUGCGCUGAAGCAGGACAUGAUGCAGCGGCUGGACGAGGAUGGGUGUCUGCAGAAACUCGUGUGCCACCUUCAGGAGAAACCCAAGGAGGAGUUGACGCCUGAGGAGGACAUGAUGCAGGUGUUCUUCCCGCUGGGACACACGCACGAGCCCUGCAACCCUCAACGCUUCCCCCGCUGCCUCCUUUCCGCCCCCGAGCUGGACGAUAUGUUAAGAGCCACGCCCAAGAGUAACCUGAACAUUCUACCUUGAUGACAGCUACGCCCACCACUCAUUUCUCAUCACUCACGCCCAUGGUAUUCAGAAACGCUUUGUUCUCUCACCAUGACUAUUUCCCAAGGCCAUAGAGAUGAUUAACCGGGUUCCCACGAGUGUUUCUCCGGUUCAUCAUGUAGAAAUCUCGUUAAUUUUGUCACUCGAAUCGUAGAAACAUCUCUUAAAAAACUCGUGUAACUUCAACUCUUCUGCUCGGACCUGAUCGGAACUGGCAUCUAAGUGGGCCCUUUUCUUUAAUCGUGUUUGUUGCCCCUGGCCAGAUUUCCCCUCUUACAUUUAGAAAGAAAAAAAAAAUACUGGAGCCUUUUGGAAAUAGUAGAGGUGCGGGGAGAAGUGGUUCAGUACAUAGGCCAAAACUGUACAGUGUGUGUGUGUGUGUGUGUGUGUGUGUGUGUGUGUGUGUGUGUGUGUGUGUGUGU